CACUGCCGACUUGCUGCUGCCGCUGCUGCUGCUGCUGCUGCUAUACGACGUCGCUAUAAGUCUUGGGGUUUUGAACAAAAACGUCUUGCCCAGACGACGGUCCAUUCAUGCGAGUUUUUCAUUCCGACGCGUCAACUCUAAAACGACACAUGCUCGGGAGCGUGCGCGAUCGUCAUAUACCACUCAGUCCAUGCAUCUCCCCUCAGAGGCACUAAAAGAACCCCAAAAGUCUCUGUGCUUCAGGAUAAUAUGAGUGACUAAACUUAAACGGAACACGAAUUACAAUUGGCUCUAAAUCAAUUCGUUAAGUGAGUGAAUAUGCGGCUGAUUUGAUUUGUAGAAAGCCCCCAAAAACCAUAAAAAGCCAACCCCAAUCGCCAGAUAGACUUCCUCAACCUUUCCCAACAUUGGAUUAGCUGUGCAGUUUCCAAGAAUUCUCAAAUACUUGAAUUAUGGGCCUGGAAAAACAUUAUCUGAGAUAUGGACGCACUGCUAGAGAUCAUAUACUUGACUGGGCCACCUGUGGGCGUGGUCGUCGACAACAACAACAACAGCAACAACAGCAGCAACAACAACAACAGCAACAACAACAGUUGCAACAGCCACAUCAACAACAACAACAGUCACAGCCAUCCCAGGGAUCCACCGCCACGGGGAGGCGGUCACGCCCUCAUGUAACACACAGAGGAACGCCCCUCUCCAUGCUGAUAUCUCAUGGAGUUAAGAUUAGUAAUAAUAGACUAGCUGUGAUAAUAAUUGGUAUAAUAACCUUAAUAUUAGGCAUACUUUUAACCUCCAUACCCUGGCUGGAUUAUUUCAUACUAAAGAACCUAAGGCUGUGGAAUGAUACAUUGAGCUAUCAUUAUUGGCAAAGACCCGGCGUCAUACGGCUGACCAAGGUCUACAUCUAUAAUGUGACCAAUCCAGAUGGUUUCCUCAGCGGCGAGAAGCCCAAGCUCCAAGAGGUUGGUCCUUUUGUCUACAGGGAAGACAUGGAGAAGGUGAAUGUAAAGUUUCAUGAGAAUAACUACACCGUGUCAUAUCAGCAUAAGAAGAUACUGCAAUUUGUUCCUGAACUGAGUAUUGAUAAGAACACGCCCAUAGUCACGCCCAACAUCCCAUUGCUGACCCUGACCAGCCUCAGUCCGAAACUGGGCUAUCUUCUGUCGAAAACCAUUUCCGUCGUGAUCACGGCAGCCAAUUUCAAGCCCUUCAUCAACGUGACAGCAGAUCAGUUGGUCUUUGGCUAUGACGACGCCCUAGUGAGUCUCGCCCAUCGAUUCUACCCGAAACACAUGCGGCCCAUGGAGCGGAUGGGGCUCCUGUUGGGCCGCAAUGGCACCCUCACCGAGGUAUCCACCAUCAAGACGGGCUACGAGGGAAUGGAUCAGUUUGGCUACAUCGAUUCCCUGAAUGGCAUGAAUCGCCUGCCGCACUGGAACGAGGAGCCCUGCACCAGUGUGGCCGGAUCUGAGGGAUCCUUCUUCCCGCCGCGGGACAUCACCAAGUCGGAGAUGGUCUACAUCUACGACAAGGAUCUGUGCCGCAUUAUUCCACUCAAAUAUGAUCAGACUUUGGAGAAGGAUGGCAUUGCCGCGGAUCUGUUUAGACUGCCAAACAAUUCGUACGGUGACUCCGCCCACAAUCCAGAGAACAAAUGCUUCGAUUCGAACGAGUAUGAACCGGUGCGGGGUCUGCAGAACAUCAGUCCGUGCCAGUACGGUGCACCUGUCUACAUAUCCAAUCCGCACUUUUACGAUGCCCAUCCGGACCUUCUUGACUCUGUAGAGGGUCUGGAACCAAAGCGCGAGAAGCAUGAAACGUACUUCAAAAUACAACCGAAACUUGGAGUACCCCUGGAGGGCAAGGUGCGGAUCCAGCUGAAUCUGAAGGUGACGCGUGCCAAGGACGUCUAUCCAGUGCGUGACUUCCGUGACUUUGUGUUUCCGGUCAUGUGGCUGGAAGAGGGCAUCUCUGAGCUUACGCCGGCCAUCAAGCGUUGGAUAUAUCUUGCCACCGUCAUAGCCCCCAAUGCCGUACCCAUUGGCUCUUAUCUGAUGAUAGUGGGCGGUGCCUCUGCUGUGAUCUUCAGCUUUGUGCGGGCCUACCAGAAUUUUGUCUUUGCCCGCGAUCCCACGCUGGAAAUCCUCGAGAUGGGACGCCGAUCACUGCGGCGUGGCAGUAGCUUCAUUGCCCACCAGCAGCACAGACUGCUGGUGCACCAUCGCGAUAGCUACUCACUUCUCCGACACGGACCCAUGGCGGCCUGCAUGGGGGAUAACGAUGGAGAGGACGCCCAGCCCAUCAUCGACGGCAGCCUCGAGAGCAGCGGGACAGUCAGUCAGGAGUCAUAGUUAGAGCAAGAGAUUUUGAUAGUGAUUUAAGAGUGUGUGUGUUUAUUUUUUUUAUUGAGUGGGUGUGCCUGUGUACCUGUGUACCUGUGUGUGUGUCUGGGAAUAUUUUUACCUAGUUCUAGUUUCGUUCUGGCCAAAAUUGUGGCAUAUACUUCAAGUUCUUGCCACUGGAUAUGCAUAACCAUGACUCAGCUCAGUUUUCAUUUCUACUCAUUCGUUCAUCCUGUAGAUAGAUGUCAGAGUACAUAUAUAUUUUUUUUUUUUUUUAAAUGCUACAAAUAAUUCACUAGUCAAAGUUUACAAUGUGAAAAAUGCGAGCGCUCAUAUCUAGUUUCGUUAGACGUAACUACCUUUUAGUCAUAGAUAUUAAUUAUUUUAUGUAUGUAUGUAUGUAUAUGUUAAAUAAUUUUUAGGCUGAGGAUGUAUGAAAUUAUAAUUGAUAAUAUGAAUUUGUAAACUGAAAGAAAGAAGAAAGAAACUAUUCCUUGGAAUAGGAUUUGGACAGA